AUGAACUCUCAGGGUAUCCUCGACACGGCGGAGGAGGAUUCAUCCUUCUACAAUGCCAGUCGGAAGCUGGCUACACAUUUCCUGCAGCUGCCCUCUCGCCUUCUCGCUCGGAUACGUCGGCUGGACGAGCUCUUGAGUGAAGAGGUAAUGGCUGAGGCGCAUGCAUAUGUCACCACCAAUGGCGAAACGAUCAGCAGGCAAAGAUCACAGGAGUCCUCUGCGGGCGCAGCGCUUGUGCCGCCAGGACCAUGGGGAUUCGUGACGUCGGGCUACUUCUACGGGCUCAUAGUGAUGGCGUUGGUGCUGAAUCGGAUACAGAACAUUGUCGUACCUCCUCGACGCCGGCUAGGUCUCGGCAUUCAUGGCACCCGAAACUCUCAAGGCCCGUUGUCCCUUUGCAGCCUCAUCCUGAACACGAUAUUACCCAUUGAUCUGUCCUCUACGUUCUGCCGUUCUAUGUUCAGGAUCCCGUCGCUAUAUCUUCUAGGAAAGUCUCUUCUGUUAUGGUCCGUGCUUCUUCUGCAGUCAGCGGAGUUGUUCCCGCCGUGGAAUUGGAGUUGGUUGCAUUCACUUGACGCAUGGGUCGCGCAGAAGCAUAUGGAAGAGAUCUGCUGGUUCACAUUCACUUCCACGUGCGUAGCUCUGACCGUCGGAGCGCUCACCAAUGGCCUUGAAGGGCUCACUACCAAUGGUACUCCAUUCAAUCUGUUCUCGUUCGCGUUCCAAUUGUACAUGUACACAUCCCCAACUACCCAUGCCAUCAAACUGGAUAAUUACCCAUCAAGGCCGGACAAGCACGUCAUUAUCACUGUUAUACUACCUCUCCUUCAGCUCGCCCUGUUACACGGGUUUGAAGUUCAGGAAAGAUGGGCGCGUCGACGACUCAUUCCCACAACACUAUGUGCAGCUCUCACUCUCAUUCACUUCCAUGCAGUCGUCUGGACCUCACCUGCGUCAUACCCACUCACGCACUAUGUGUCAUGCGUGGUAGAGUCUUUCCUCAUCGCCAUGAUCCUCCUCACAAUUGGCUUGAACGCGUUAACUCAACUACUCCUGGAGGGCUCUGUCACAAGACCACUAUUCGGUCACGCCGAAGCUCUCUUGCCGAGAUGGGACGAGGACUUUGGGGUCGCACUGUUCCGUCUCGGCACAGCCAGCUUGGAAGCGACGAGUGCCGCUGGCCUGGGCAACGAAGUUGGCGGCAUCACGAACACGGACUCUACUGAUUUCGCGGAACGGCGGGCUGAGGACAUGGGCACCGUCGAGGUCGAUCGUGCCGGCGUUGUGACGAUCUCUCCCGCCUAUGAGAGGAAUGGCACGCAUAGGAAGCCGAAGCAUGGAUUCGCGAACGAGAUCACGAACGUGAAGGCGAUAUCGAGGCAUACGAGUCUGUGGAUGGACAGCGUGAUGAGUACGGGGUGGCACCUCGCGGAGCUUAGAGUGUACGCCCUGGUUGUGUGGAAGGUCCUCAAAGGCUUGCUGCGAUCGUCGUGGGCAAUCCUGCGCCGGCGCUUCCAAGCCAUGCGUGUUUCUCAGCAGAUGGAUCCUGCUAUUGACUCCCCGGGUACAGCAACUGACCAAGAUGAGCAAGAGGCUGAGCCGGAUGUGUACGAACGCUUCUUGCGAGGCGAAUCGCUGAGCGACGAUGAGGACGACGAGGACUUCGAGCUGCCACCCGACUCUUUCAAUGACACGCCGCUUAAUUUCUCGGAUGAUGAAGGGGAAUCGGAAGGAGAUGACAUGCUAAACCUCUUCGCGGACUUGUCCAACAAUUCCACGUCUACGUCUGUAUCCGCGUCCGCGCCUCUAAUCCUGGCGCACAUGACAUCGCCCUCCCCCCUCACGCGUCGACGGUACCAAAGAAUUGCCCCCGACGCAUCAACGUUUCAGGAUGCAAUGGAGGCCGACGAAUUGGAUGACUUCACCCGCGAGAGGAGAGAUACGAAGGUUGCGGCUCGGAGACUCGAGGCUGACGAUGCAGCAACGGCAGAGAGCAGGCGAAACUGCGUGAUCUGUACCGUCGAGCCUAGGAACAUCAUCUGCUGGCCUUGUCGAUGUCUCGCUAUGUGUGAUGAUUGCCGCGAGAACCUCGCGUCUCGAUCGUCAGCGUCAAAGCACGCUUGCCCAUGUUGCCGCCGGAGCGUUGAAGGUUAUUCUCGGAUAUAUAUUCCCUAG